AUUUAAAAAAAUAUUUUUUUUUUAAUAUUCUUUUUUAUAAAAAAUUAAUUUUUGUAACGUCAUAACGUAAAUUUAUACACUUUUAUAAAAAAAAAAAAAGCAUGAAAUAAAUCAUAUUAUUAAAAAAUACACUUUUUUGUAACUCAACUUACUAGUACAAAAAAGAUCCUUAGCUGUACAAAUUUCGUUGAUUAGGCACCAAAAUAUAGUCAAUGAAUACAGCCUGAUCCACAGUGUUUUUCUCCUUGCGCAAUAAGAAGCAUAAAUACAUUAAAAGAAUUCAAGUUAUUUUUAAUUUGAUUUCUAUGAAUUAUUCAUUUUUUUAUUAGUUAGUUUAAGUUUAGUGGAAGAGUUGCGAUUGAAAUAUGACGUUUUGUCAAGCCUGUAAUGACGACACGGAAACUGUUUAUAAUGAAAGUCGCGGAGAAACCUAUUGUACAAGAUGUGGAGCUGUUUUAGAAGAGAAUUGUAUUGUGGAAGCUGUUACAUUCACGGAAGGCAGUAAUGGGGUAGUGCGCGCAAAUGGACAAUUUAUUCCUUCGUCUGGUUUCGGAUCGGGUUCCAUGAAUUUUACAUCCAAAUACAAUGCUUGUGCUGGUCGCGAACACGCGUUACAACGCGGAUACGCAAAUAUACAACGUAUAGCUGAUCGACUUCAGUUACAACUCCAUCUGGUGGAAGCUGCGCAACGUGUUUAUUUAAUGGCUGUUCAACGUAACUUUACUAUAGGGAGAAUCACCAGUCAUGUUGCUGCUGCUUGCCUUUAUAUAAGCUGCCGUCGUGAAAAAACUGAACAAAUGCUUAUGGAUUUUUCCGAUGUUCUAUGUACCCCUGUUCGAAUACUUGGACGUGUGUUUGUUAAACUUAUUCGUGUACUACGAAUUGAUGUACCAACUAUCGAUCCAUCUUUAUUUAUAGAGCGUUUUGCUUCUCAAAUUAAUUUGGAGGGCAAGGCAAAUUUAGUUAUUGAAACAAGUCUUCGCCUUGUUCAAGCCAUGAACCGUGAUUGGAUUUGUACCGGGCGCCGUCCAACAGGUCUUUGUGGCGCUUCUUUGUUAAUAGCUGCACGAUUUCACGGGUUAAUGGUAUCAGCGGAAGAAAUCAGUCAAGUAAUUCGUAUGGCAUCUUCAACUGUAAAUAAACGGUUAAAUGAAUUCAAACACACUUCAACAGCUCAAUUAAAACUUCAUGAAUUUGAAUCUGUUGACCUUCUUUCCUUGCCCAUCUUACGCGGACCUCCUUGCACCGAAACAACUCGUAAACCCAUUUAUGCGCUUCCUGAGGAAUCUAGUUCUCAUUCACAAAAUGAUUAUUUGUUACCCGACUCUGUCAUACCUUACGAAGAGCCUGAUGAAGAUUUUUUGGAAAUUCACACUAGUCCGUCAGAACGGCCAGAUAUUUUGAAGAAUACACAAAACUCCGUUAUUUUUACUGCCACCGAAGAAGAACUUUUUGUUUCUGAACCUACAUCCGUUGCUAUUGCCUCAUUAGCCGAUCGCCUGGUUGCAGCUAUCGAACAACAAGUACCAAGCGCAGAUUAUGGGGACCCUUUGAACAAAAUUGAAGUGUCUAAUGAGGAACGUAUUGCUGAAGAACAUUUUGAAAAUGAUCCUAUCAAACAACUUUUGUGUAACGUCAAGGAAAAAGCGCCAGAUUUGAUAUUUUCUCUUCCAUCGUCAGUGAUUCACACAAAUACUGAACAAGAAGCAACUCCACCUCUAAAAAAUAAUUUAUGCAAAGAUUCUUGUCAAUUACAGUUCAUAGAAGAAUCUUUCACGGAUGUCAGUGACACAGAAAUUGAUUCUUUGAUUCUUUCAGAAAAGGAAAGGAAAGCAAAAGCGCUUAUGUGGGAUGAGCUAAUGAAAAAUGUUAUGCCUCAAGUUUACAGAAGGUUUACAGCACAGAAACGAAAAGAAAUAUCCACAAGGCCCAGAAAAAUAAGGAAGCAUUUAAAUUUGACGAGCAACGAGGAAAACACAGAUAUAACUGUUGCGGGUUCUGUCAGACGGUGUCUUGAAGCCAAAAAUCCUCUUUUUGCGAAACAUCUUAAUAGUAGUGUUCUUGAUUCUCUUUUCACCAAUUCUAGACUACCUGACAACAACUCUAAUGAGUUAUCUUUACAAAAACAGCUUCCUGAAAACAAUUUUUCCAAUUUAAAUUUGUCUAUGUUGUUUGCUUAAAACACA